AUGUCUGUCCGUUUGUCCGCAGGUUGCACAUUCCCCGCGCGGUGGCAGGGCCGCUGGUUCCAGUCGGGCGUCAUCCAACCCAUCCUGAUAGAAGGCGACAGGCUGUCCAACAAAGGGAAGUGCCUUUCCUCCGAAGGCGAUAAGUUCCUCAUAGUCGACGAAAAAGGCUGUUAUCGCUGCGUAGUGAUGCACGAAAAACAUACCAAUGUUCUACAGUAUAAAGAAACAUUCUGCCACCGCCGGGACGCUCUGCCCCACCUCUGCUCCCUCAUCACCGGCGACGCUCUCCUCUACUCCAUGUUCAGGGAAAACGCUGAGCCCGUGGACUGCCCGUUGAAAGGACCCUUCUCCUUCACGUACAACAGAGGACACGGCGACUGCAAGAGUCCGGUGUCUUCAAUAGAGAGCUGCACGGAAGACUCCAGAUUGCUCCUCAACUAUCAAGCGUGUCCGGACGUCUACGGCUCCGAGAGCACUGUGGAGGAGCUCGAGUGCCUGGCCACGUGGAAGGAGGGCAGCCUGAGGUUCCUCGUGGGCAAGCUGCACCACAACCACGCCACCAGCAACGAGGAUCGCUACCGGUGCUUCGUCUACGAGAAGACGAACGGCAUCGGUUCCAGUAUAACUCUGAAGGACAGUCCGAGCUUGGCUGCCGGGGUUGAAUACAGGGUGGCCCAAUCGGGAGACGCCACCUGCAAUGGUCUAUUUAGCGCGACAGAGGGCUCCAGGACUAUGGCACUCAAAAGAGCAUCAGUGCGCUUCAGCUGCCAGUUCCCCGCGUGGAUGACCUUCUCGCACACGUGGCACACCCUCGACUUCGGGAGCAACUACACCUUCCACCAGAGGAACGCGACGCUGCGCAUAACCGACCAGACGGGGGCCGACAUCAAGGUCUACUGCGUGAGCGUGAAGGCGAGCUCGCCCAGCGGCAACUCCGUGGCCCUGGUGGCCCACUGGCAGCACCACUGCGUCUCUCGCUAUGUGUGCGUGGUGCUGUACCGCCGCGACACGUACAUCGCGGAGCUGCAACGGGGAACCCCCACCGCGAGGCCGGACGAGGCCUGCUCCCCCCACCACUUCAACGCCAUCACCGCCCCCUACAUCACGCUAGUUGCCAGCAACCCAGAGUCAAAAGUGUGUCCGUACUCUGGCAAAUACAGCAUACAGAACCACCACCACCAGAGAACCGCGAGGUCGCCACCGUGGAAAGAGAACGAUAUACACAGGAGCAAGAGGGACAGAGAGAGUGUCAGACAUAGCAGUAGGCUUAACCACACUAGGUUGUUCAAUUUUAGCGUUAGGAACAUGUCGGACACCCCGAUCUUGAGGAGUCGGAGACAGUCCGAGGAAGGCGACGUCAGCUGCGCCAACAGCAACUACUACAGACUGGAGGUUGGAUGCAAUUCCGCGAAGAACAUGGAGUUUUACUCCACCUGCGAAAAUAAGGACCUAGUUACGGCGUACACGUGCCACGGCGGCUGGUACGAGAACGGCGCCUCGUUCGUGGUGACCACGCCUGUGACGCGCGACAGCACGGCCGCGCGCCGCCACUGCUUCGUGGCGCGGGAGGCGCGCGGCGGCUCGCUGGCGGUCGCGCGCUCCGCCGCCAACUGCGAGCGGCCGGAGCCCGCGGCGGCGCUCUACGACGCCAAGCCCGCCGGCGAAUGUCAAGAUCAACCUAACAAGCAACCGCUGAUAUCCUCACCCCAUUGCGUCUUCAUUGUAAUAAUGGUUGUUCAAUUCAUCAUACCAAGG